UUAGUUAACUCAGUCUCUACUAAACGCUUUGCUGUUUUCGUUGUCAUUGUUGGUGAAGGUUGUAAACCGAAAUGAAAGGGGAGAGCGUGAUUAUGUUCGCGUUCCAGUGUCCAGCCAAGAAUUUGGCAGAAAAUGUAUAUGCCAGGAUGAACUGUGCGGGGAUUCACUAGUUUGAGAUCAUUUGAAAAUGGGUAACUGUUGCUAUAAAGUAACACUCUCUAGAGACAGACUGACGCUGCGGAGAAGGAAAAUUGUUCUACUGCUGGUAGGACUUGAUAAUGCUGGAAAAACUGCAGCUGCAAAAGGCUUGCUGAAAGAAAACACGCACCCUACUGUGCCAACUGUUGGGUUUUCUUCCUAUACUCUUUUACAUAGAAGAUACUCAAUAGUUAUUUAUGAUUUGGGAGGAGGUCCACAGAUAAGAGACAUAUGGUCUGAAUACUAUGCAGAUGUGCAUGGGAUUAUUUACGUCAUUGAUGCAAGUGAUUCAGGAAGAAUAAAUGAAAGUUCUACUGUUCUGACACAACUUUUAAGAAAUGAAAUGUUGAAGGGAAAACCUCUUUUACUUCUAGCCAACAAGCAGGAUGUUGAUGGUGCACUUGAUGAAAUUGAUGUUGUUGAGAGACUCAAUUUAGAAACAAUUGUAAAUGAACUAAAGUGUCAAACUUUAGUGGAAACUUGUUGUGCUGUACCACCACCAAGCAAUUCUAGGCUGCGUAAAGCAUAUACUGAUCCAGGAAUACAGAAUGGCUUUAGAUGGAUAAUAAAUCAAAUUAUAAAAGACUUCUCUGCUAUUAACAGCAGAGUAGAAAAAGAUACUAAAGCAGCUCAAGUUCAGCUGUUAGUAGAAAAGGAAAAUAGGAGGAAAAGGGUUGAAGAACAGCGCCGAGAAAGAGAAGAACGGGAAGGGACAAUUAUAAUACCCCUUCGCGACGGCUCUCCUGAAAGCCUAAAGAGCAGGAUCAUUACCGUUCAACCACCAGGCAUUCUUGAUACACAGCAGUUAUCAUCUGAGGAAAAAGCUAAUCCCUCUGACUCUCAGGACAGUGGCUUUACUAUUCAAACUGGAGAUAGAGAUAGUGAUUCAUUGAGUACAGUCAUUAGUAAAGACAGUGCCGUUCAGUCAAUACACAAUGUUAAAGCAGAUGAUGGUUCAGAAAAAUCAACCAGAAACAGCUUUGGUACGGAUCUCAAACCCUGUGUUUUUACUUUAUCAUUAGUUAUACCACCAUUGAACCAUGUGAAAAAGAACUCAGAUAUAUCCCUCCCUAUUGUAGAGUUGAAACCUAAAAGGAAACCAUUUACGAAACGAUCAAAUAAGACUGCACCAGCCAACUUUCCAACAGAACAACAGUCAAUGGAAACCAGACCGGGUGCUCCACACCGACUGCCACCACUGACUCCUCAGCCUAAUCAUGUCAAGAUGUUUGAAGUAAAAUCAAAACGACAAAGGUUUGUAACGUCAAUGAGCCUGUCAUUUGACAGAAGUUUAUCUGAUUUGACUGAUGAGGAAAGAUCGCAAAACUUGGUCAGCUUCCCAUCAGACUGGCAGCUUUUGAGGCACCAGAAAGGCAAGGAACAGAGACUUGAUGAAUCAAAUGAGAGCAAUGAAACAGAUACACUAGGUAAGACUUUUGUUGUCUCUAGGGGUGUUUCAUCUAUUGCAGGUAGUGACAACCAUUAAACUAGAAGACUCAAAAAUUACUUAUAAAAUAGAUAUUAAAUUAUUUCUUCAUUUGCAACAAAUUGUUGUUUAAUCUAGUCAGUAUAUCUAGUCAGUAGAUAGUUAUGAUUCUGUAAGUUUUCUGACUAUCAUUAUAUGUAAAAUAUAGAUGCAUGAGCA